GAGAUAUCUGCGACCUUAUCUACCCUCCCCCAUCUUCCUUAUAAGCUCUGCAAGGUCUGGCCCUUCUUCAGUUACAAAUCAUCUCUCUGUCUCUGAGUCUCUGCUUUGCAAACAGAAAACCCUAAACCAUGCCUGAGCAAACUACCCCUGUAGUUUUCGACACCGAAGUCAUUCAGUACCAAUCCAACAUCCCUUCCCCUUUCAUUUGGCCGGACGACGAGAAGCCUGGCUCCGACUUGCCGGACCUUCAGGCUCCGGCCAUCGACCUCAACGGCUUCCUCAGUGGCGAUCCAUCAAUCGUUGCAGAGUCGAUUCGUGCAGUCGACGAGGCAUGCAAGAAGCAUGGAUUCUUCCUCAUUGUGAACCACGGAGUUGAUCCGGAGCUCGCUGCUAAAGCUCAUGACUACUUUGAUGUCUUCUUUGGGAGGAAGCUCUCGGAGAAGCAAAGGGCUCAGAGGAAGGUUGGAGACAGUUGGGGUUACACUAGCAGCUUCACCGGCAGGUUUAACUCCAAGCUUCCAUGGAAAGAGACACUUAGUGUCAGGUAUUCAUCUGAGAGCCAGUGCUCAACAAUCGUCGAUGACUACUUUGUGAAUGUAUUGGGUGAAGAUUUCAGAGAAAUGGGGAAGUUGUACCAAGAAUACUCGGAAGUGGUGAACAAAGUAGGCAAUGUGGUAUUGGAGCUACUGGGACUGAGCUUGGGAGUUGGGCGGGAGUACUUCAAAGAAUAUUACAAAGGAAACGAAGCGAUCCUAAGGUGGAACUACUAUCCAAUCUGCCAAAAACCAGACUUAACACUGGGAACUGGACCUCAUCGUGAUCCCACUUCUGUGACAAUCCUUCAUCAGGAUCAAGUCGGGGGCCUUGAAGUGUUUGUCGAUGAGAAGUGGCACACUGUUACUCCUGUUCCUGGUUCUUUUGUUAUCAACAUUGGUGAUACUUUUAUGGCUCUGUGCAAUGGGAUUUACAAGAGCUGCAAGCAUAGAGCUGUGGUAAAUAACAAAACUGCAAGGAAAUCUCUUGCUUUCUUUAUCGUUCCACACAAGGACAGAGUAGUGUCUGCACCAGCAAGUUUGAUCAGUGCUGAUAGCCCUAGGUUGUACCCAGACUUUACUUGGCCUACUCUGCUAGAAUUUACCCAGAAAAAACGCAGGGCUGACUUGAGCACCAUUGAUGCUUUUGUGGACUGGAUUAAGCAAGAGGGUGGAGAGAAAAACAAAGACCAAGGAAAGGGAGUCUUUGUUAAGUCCUUUUAAGUCUUUGUCUGCGCACCUUUUAAGUCUUUGUCUGCGCAAGAAUAAUACAGAAAUAAAGAGACUCCAUAUUAUCUGGCUUGUUCUU